AACUAGGGAGGAUAUUUAGGACCCCGUGGAGCCUCCUGUGUUGUUGGUCAAAUAUUAGCCGGUUACAAAACCUGCAUGUGCGAAGAGAGGAAAUAUCUUAUGAAAUCUCUCAACGGAUAACUUCGUUUAUAAACUGCAAGAAGACAACAUGGACAGGACGGUCAGCCUCCCCAACCAGCCCAACAAAACCACCACAGUGACUCUGGUGGAGAGCAGCGCCACCCCCUGUGGGCUGGAGCUGGUCAGUUCCUACCAGACUCACCGGGUAGGAGACCCCAUGGACCUGGUGGCUCUGGCUUCAACCGUACAGAAGGGCGAUGAAUUCAUCAAAGCCAACGCCUGCAACAAACUGACAGUGAUCGCCGACCAGAUCAGAUACUUACAGGAGCAGGCGAGGAAGGUUUUAGAAGACGCUAAAAGAGAUGCAGACCUCAACCAUGCUGCCUGUAACAUUGUGAAGAAGCCCGGCAACAUGUAUUACCUCUACGAGAGACCCUCCGGACAGAAGUACUUCUCCAUCAUCUCCCCUAAGGAAUGGGGUCUGAGUUGCCCUCACCCGUUCGUCGGAGCGUUCAAACUCCAGCACGACAUGUCCUGGACGCCGCUGGAACAGGUGGAGAAGAGGGACGCGGAGUUCGCCAUCAUGGACAAACUCCUGAGCCAGCAGACGUCCCUCCCGCCUCAGACAGAGCCCAACUUCAAGGGCCUCUGUGAUUAAAUGGACCGGAACUUUUUUUAAAGGGACGCACGGACAAUGCUAACGGUAGUCUUAACGGAGCUACAUACCAAAGUGCUUGGAUGGAACUCCCUUAUAUCACAGUGUUCCUUUCACACACUGAUUGAUUUGCUGAUACAUUAAUUGCUGCACCAGUUGCAACCUCUGGAUCUUUUCUUGCCCAAAUAUCCAAUUAGGUUACACUGGCAGCCUGUGCAUGGACACUGAUCAAAUAAAGUCCUUAAAAAAGACA